AUGUGUCCAGUGCACGUUCGGCGCCCGGAAUUCGACGUUGGACGCUCUUUACUUGCAGGUGUCCUGAAUGUGAACAGGAACGAAAACUUUGGCAAGCUGCGUGCGGGUUACCUGUUCCCUGAGAUUGCACGCCGCCGCAAGGCCCACCAGGAGAAGCACCCCGAUGCCAAGAUCAUCUCCCUGGGUAUUGGCGACACGACGGAGCCGCUCCCCAAGUACAUUGCGGACGCCAUGGCCAGGGCAGCUGCGGGCCUCGCAACCCGGGAGGGCUACAGCGGGUACGGCGCCGAGCAGGGCCAGGGCGCGCUGCGCGAGGCGGUCGCCGCCACCUUUUACUCGGGUCUGCGUACGGCAGACGAGAUCUUCAUUUCGGACGGGUCCAAGUGCGACAUUGCCCGGAUCCAGAUGAUGUUUGGAUCCAAGCCAACUGUGGCGGUGCAGGACCCCUCCUACCCCGUGUAUGUGGACACCAGUGUGAUGAUGGGGAUGACGGGGGACCACAACGGCACCGGGUUUGACGGCAUCGAGUACAUGGUAUGCAACCCGGACAACGCGUUCUUCCCCGACCUGUCCAAGGUGAAGCGCACCGACAUCAUUUUCUUCUGCUCGCCCAACAACCCCACCGGCGCCGCCGCCACUCGCGCCCAACUGACCGAGCUGGUCAACUUUGCACGCCGCAAUGGCUCCAUUCUGGUGUACGACGCGGCGUACGCACUGUACAUCAGCAACCCGGACUGCCCCAAGACCAUUUACGAGAUCCCCGGUGCGGAGGAGGUCGCCAUAGAGACGUGCUCCUUCUCCAAGUACGCGGGCUUCACGGGCGUACGACUGGGCUGGACGGUGGUGCCCAAGGCCCUCAAGUACUCUGACGGCACCCCGGUUCACAACGACUGGAACCGCGUGAUGACGACGUGCUUCAACGGAGCCUCCAACAUUGUGCAGGCGGGUGGUCUGGCUUGUUUGCAACCCGAGGGUUUGAAGGAGAUGUACGACAUGAUUACCUUUUACAAGGAGAAUGCCCGUAUCCUCAAGGAUACCUUCACAGAGAUGGGCUUCAAGGUGUACGGCGGUAACGAUGCGCCGUACAUUUGGGUCGGCUUCCCUGGCAAGCCCUCCUGGGACGUGUUUGCCGAGAUCCUGGAGCGCUGCAACAUCGUGACCACACCGGGCAGUGGGUUCGGACCCGCGGGGGAGGGCUUUGUGCGCGCCUCGGCGUUUGGAAGCAGGGAGAACAUCCUGGAGGCUGUACGGCGGUUCAAGGAGGCGUACGGCAACAAGUAG